CACUUUCUCUCUGCAGUUUCUCAUUAAACGGCCGAUGCAGUGUGCAUGACUGCAGGAUGUGGAUUCUCUCUUUCUCUCUCUCUCUCUCUCUCUCUCUCUCUCUCUCUCUCUGAAACAGUGACGUCGUUCCAUGCAGACGGCGUCUGUCUCUCCUUGACCGCAUUUUAGCGCCUUUAUCAGUCCUGAAGUAAGAAAUUAAGUCCUUAAAGCUUCAGGUAGACGUUGCUCGAGGGGCACAUGCGCACCGCAUCCAGUCCUGUCGCUUUAUCCAAACUAAGUGGAUUAAUGUAGGAUCCUUCGUCCGGCUGACCACAUGAAACGAGUUCACGUUCAAAGACAGUCGUAUAAGGAGCGGAGAACGUUAGAGCGCUGCAUCGCUUUGACAGAGACUUGUAGGAGUUUAUUCUAAAGUGAUUAUGUGUUCAGAAGAAGAGCUUCAUCAUCCGCUGACUCAAGCGUCCCGAAUGACGCACUAAUGCAGCAAAGCGCAGAGACUCACCCCCGGUUUAAGGGCAAAGGACUCUACACCACAAAAGUGAUGUACUUGAAACAGUUGUCUUAGUCAAUCCAUCGGAAGAUACAGUUCUUUCAGAGAUCCGUUCUCUUGUGUCUGACCCAGCUGUGCACAAACUACUGGUCCUGAGUGGGCAAAACUCGGACCAAGGUGACCUGGUUCUUCAAACUGGGGUGUUUACUCAUCAAGCUGUCUCACGUGUCUUGGCUGAUCCUGGGGUUGUUAACCUGCUGGAAAAAGCAGUCCCAGGGCAGCAAGCAAAACUCACUGUGUCUUGCCGGGCUGAGGCAGGUUGGACAUCACUGGGACAGCAUUUAAGAGAGGUUAUGGACUUCAAAUUGAAUCCAGAACCUGUACUACCAAAAAUGGAAGGUGUUACAGAGUUCACAGAAUACAUUUCUGAGACAGUAGACGUCCCAUCUCCAUUUGAUCUGCUUGAGCCACCCACAUCUGGAGGAUUCCUUAAGCUAUCAAAGCCUUGCUGCUACAUCUUCCCUGGUGGUAGAGGGGACUCUGCUCUGUUUGCAGUCAAUGGUUUCAAUAUUUUGAUUGAUGGUGGCUCUGAGAGAAGGUCAUGCUUCUGGAAGCUUGUUAGACACUUGGAUCGUAUUGAUUCCAUUCUUCUAACCCACAUUGGUGCUGACAACCUUCCUGGUAUAAAUGGGCUGCUUCAACGGAAGAUAGCAGAGCAAGAGGAAGAACAAUCACAAGGCUCAACUACCUACAGUGAUUGGAUGAAGAACCUCAUCUCACCAGAGCUUGGAGUUGUGUUCUUCAAUGUUCCAGAGAAGCUGCGCACAUCUGAAUCAAAUCUAAAAGUCAAGCGUAGUAUUGAAGAAGCCUCUCUGACACUGCAGUACCUAGACAAGCUUGGAAUGACACCUGAACCUCUUUUCAGAGUAGUUAGUAAUACAAUUGAGCCUAUCACUCUUUUUCACAAGAUGGGUGUGGGCAGGUUAGAAAUGUUUGUUCUUAAUCCUGUGAAAGACAGCAAAGAAAUGCAAUUUCUUAUGCAGAAGUGGGCUGGCAACAGCAAAGCAAAAACUGGGAUUGUUCUUCCCAAUGGAAAGGAGGGAGAAAUAUCUGUGCCGUACUUAACAUCGAUUACAGCUCUCGUGGUGUGGCUUCCUGCCAGUCCAACAGAGAAGAUUGUUAGAGUUCUGUUCCCUGGCAAUGCUCCGCAAAACAAAAUACUUGAGGGGCUUGAAAAGCUAAAACACCUGGACUUUUUGCGAUAUCCAGUGGCUACACAAAAGGACAUUGCUGCAGGGGUCUCACCCUCUGUUACAAAACAGCCAAAAUUAAAGCAAAGAGCUGAGAGCAAAGAAAGUCUUAAGUCAUCUCCCAAGACACACACACCUACCAAGAUUGUAAAGAAGGAACCUGAAGAAGAAGACACAUCUAUCCUUGAGACAAAGACUGAAACUGUCAAGGAGAUCAAACCUGAGAAGAAAGAAGAGAAAAAACACACCCGACCACUUAAACCAAAAACUGAGGUGACAGAAAAGAAGAAGUUAUUAAAGGAGAAAUCAAUUAAAAAAUAUACCAAAGAAAGGGCAGCUAAGAUGGAUGAGAAAAAGGACAAGGAGAAGAAAGAGAUCAAAAAAGAUAAACAUGAUCUGAAAAAAGAUGAUUCUGUGAAAAAAGAUGACAAAAGAAUUAAGAGCAAAGAUGGUUUAAAACCAGAAUUGAGGAAAAUAACCAAACCUGAUCUUAAACCCUUCACACCAGAGGUAAGAAAAACUCUUCACAAGGCAAAAACACAAGGGAAACCGAAAACAACUAAGACCAAGACUCCUAAAGUAGAGACUACUGUAGAACCAGAUUCUAAGAAAGUUGAAUCUAACAUCAAAGAUAUUGAAACUGCAGAGGUUAGAUCUGUUUUCUCAACUCCAGAAGAUCUGACAAAAGAUUUUGAGGAGCUCAGAGAAAAUGAUGUGCAGAUAAAUCAGUCUGAACCAGAAGAAAUUGCACAAGAACACUCAAAAAUAGCAGAAGAAGAAGAUCUUGGACCAGUCCCAGACACUACUGCUGAGAAAGAGGAGUUUCUUGACUCUCAGAUUACAAAAGAAACCCAGGAGCCAAUAGCUCAAGAUAAGAAAGAAGCAUUAGUGCCAACAGAGAUCAAAGAAGAACCUGAGAAAACUGUAGAUGAGUGCCAGGCACAAGAGGGUGAUAAAUUUGAAGAUGAAGGGACUGCAAUAGAGGAUGAAGAGGAGGAAGAGGAAGAAGAAUUAACAGUUGAGAAGAAGGCAGCAGAAGAGGAUGAGGAUAUGGGAAUAGGGGAUGAAGAAGAUGAAUUGAUGGUAAAGGACACUAAAGAUUUAGAGGGAGUUGACAGAAAACAUGAAGUUGAAGAAAUGGAAAAACACAAAAGCAGGGAAGAGCUUACAGACAUAACAAAGACAGAAAUAGAGGAAGAGCAAACUGAAGAUGAAUAUGUAAUUGAAAAAGCUGAGCUGGAGGAGGCAGAAGAUUUGGAUGCCAUUGCAGAUGAAGAAAUCAAAGAUGUUGCUGAUGAAAAAGUUCCAAAGGAACUUUGGGUAUACAAGACAGAGGAGGAGAUUCAGGCAGCCAAAGAACAAGAGUUCGCAUCCACAGUUCAAGGAGCUGCUGCAGCAGACAUUUUGUCCUAUAUUCAGGAUGAGACCAUACCUGGUUACUCAGAAACGGAGCAGACAAUCUCAGAUGAAGAGAUUCAUGAGGAAUCAGAAGAUAGAAUACACCACCUUCAAUAUGAAGUCAGCACAUAUGAUGUCUCAGUACCAGAUCAACCAGGCUCAUUUGAUGCAAUCCAUGGCAUGAAGGAGAUGCAAGCAAUUGGUGAUGAAAGUGCAAAGCCAUUUAUAGGAAUCCAAGAACCUGCUAUUUCUCUGUACACCAGCAUAAUUGCUGCUCCCCUGGCAGAGGAGGAACAUGUUUCUUCAGCAACAUCCAUCACUGAGUAUGAAAAAGUGUCAUCUUUUCCAACCUCUGUUACUGAGGAUCAGUCAGUGGCAUCUGUGACAGCACCUCAGACUGAAUACACUGGAAAGAGCUCACUAGAGUUAGACACAGUAAACAUUGUACACCCCUUAACACAAACAGAAGCUACUCAAGGUAAAGAUUACUUACACUCUGCUGGAACCAUCUCUCCAACAUCAUCUCUAGAGGAUGAUAAAGGCUUCAAAUCACCUCCUUCAGAGGAAUUUCCACCUCUUCCCCUGGAGGUGAAAACAGAGGGAGUUGAGACCACUGCCCAUCAUGAUGAAGAUGAGGAGGAUGAGUAUGAGGAUCAAACACCAAACAUUGACAUUUCACUUGGAAAACUACAGGAAGGAUAUGCUGCAUCCCAGAAACUGGAAAUGAAAGAAAAAGAAAGUGAAACGAUCAAAAGCCCUGAGUCUGCUGCAGUGUCCACAGUGGACAAAAAACCACCAACCUCUCCUGAGCCAGAGGAAAGAACAGUCUCACCAGUUAGAGAUGUUAUUUCUAAGCCUGUAAUUUCAGAUUCAAGUGGUUUUCCAGAGACUGAAGAUCGAUGCUUCAGUCCAGAUGAUAGCACUGUGAAAAUGGCCUCUCCUACUCAAUCUGGGCCACCUAGUGCCACCCAUUCUCCUCUUCAUCUAUCACCAGUGGAAGAUAGAGCCAAGAUGUUCCCUGAACAGUUGCAGCAAGAACAGGAUAAACUCUCUUUCCCCUCAGAGCUUAAAAUUGAUGAAAGUGAAAAACCACAAAUACAAACUGACAAGACAGAAGAAUACAAAUCAGACACCACUGGAAAAAACAAUGAAGCAGCAUCAAAGAUUGAAGAACAGAAAGAGCAGGCUUUGGUGAAAGAGGAGGAAAUAUCUAAGGAUGCAAAGUUAUUAACCACUGUAACCGCACCACUAGCAAAGGAUGAUAUUUCAUUGAAAAUAGAAGAUAGAGCAGCAGAUCAAGAUGUAAUCAAAGGAGGAGCAAAGACAAGUGGAGACAAUGAGGAUAAACAUCAAGACAUUUUCCAAGCGAAAACCACAGAUAAAGUAGAAAUUGGGUCUCUUUAUGACCUUGCUCACACUGAUGAAGCACUUAUUAAAGAUGAGAAAAGAGAAAAAGAAAAGGAACUAUAUGAAGAUGAAAAAGAAAAGGAGGAGAAACAAGAAGAUUAUAAGCCAAUAUCUAUCUCAGAGCUAGAUAAGGAUAAAGAUAUAUCUGUAUCAGAAUCAAAAGAAAGACAGACAGAAAUGGCACAGCAGCAAAGUUUAACAAGUCCAGCGAAAACAGAUUUGGUUGAUAAACAGGAGUUAUUUCAGAAAGAGUAUGAUAGGACAGAAAGUGAUCUACAAUCUGAAGAUAAACAUGAUGAGGAAAUUCAGCCUCAAGUUGUAGAGUUAAAACAAGAAAAGACUGACUCCUCAUUCAGGCUGGAUCAUGAAACAAAAGAAAAAGAUGUAAUCAGUGAACAAGCUCGAGCAUUACCACAUACACAAGUUGAAACAUUGGAUGAAUCUGUGACAAAGGAUAAAAAGAUGGAACAACCUGAUGUUGUAUUGACAGCAUCAGAAAAAAUAGAUAAAUUAGAUGAAAUAACUGACAAAAAAAUAGAAGUCACUGAAACUGCAACACUGCAGUUCACCUUAAAAGAUGCUGAACCAUGUGGUAUAAUUCAGCAAGAGUCUGAAGAAAAGGAAAAAGAAUCCAUUAAGCCACAAACAGAAAAAUUAACUUUGGAAACAAGAGACAGAACCUCUAAAGAAGAUGAGGAUGAGAGUCAUUCACAGAAAUCAUUGCUGGAAGAUAAAGCAAAACUGAAAGAUGAAUACGAAGAAAAGACCAAGGAAGACAUGUACCCUGAUGCACAGUACCCAGAGCCAUUGGGACGUGUUUCUCCAAUAACAGAUAAAUAUGUACUAGAGUCUGAGCCAGCUAUAUAUGUAAAAGAUGCAGUGGUAAAGCAAGUUCAAGAAUCUAAGGAAAACCAAGCUGAACAAAUAUACAAUAUACCUCUAGAUGAGGUACAUUUAUCAGACAAAAGUGAAGAGGCCACUACAAAGGAGCCUGUGGAUAAAGAAAUUGAUGAAUCAUCAAAACCUAGAGAUAUACAUAAAACAGAAAGCCAGCCUGAAGCCUUUCAGGUGCCAUCAGAGGAAAACCAUUUACUGUUAAAACAGGAUCAGCUGUCUAAAUAUGAGGAGGAAACUGGGCCACAGAUUACAUCAGACACAACAUGCAAACUUGACAAAGUCUCCUCAGCUGAACAUCAAGAGGAAUCUCAGUUUAUAACAGAUCUUAAUACAGAAAAGACAGAAAUACUCUCCAAAGAAGACAAAUCAAGCAUAUCUGAAACAUCCACAGAUAAGAUCAAGGAGGACAUUAUGCCAACAGAAUCAGUCACAGGAAAAGUUGACAUUUCUCCAAAAGCUGAUCAUGAACCCAAGGAUAAAAAUAUAGAAGAUGACAAAUCCAAAGCUAUUGCACCGAUCAUUGAGAAAACAGAGUCAGCUGAGAAAGAAGCUCAUUAUUUGAAAGAGAAGCAAGAGAUUCAAAUGGAAGAAGUUUACCUACCCAUAUUAGAAGGAACAGGUGUAACUGACAAAGAUCAAGAGACAAAAGACAUACACACAGAAGACAGCAAAACAAUAGAUCUUGAAUCAUCUUCUCUAAAGACAGAUGACAUGUUAAAAGUGGGACAACCUGAUGUAUCCGGUGAAAUAGCCUCUGCAAAACCUGAAUCCAAAGAAAGUACAAUUAAAUCAUUAGCAGAGCAAUCUCCUUUAUCUGGAUCAGAUAAAUUAAUGGAUUCAAAACUUGUUUUACCGUGUGGAGAAGAACUAAGUAAGGAAGAUACCCUCAAACCAGUGAUUCCAGCACCAUUGGAUCAAGUGCCUGAGAAAUCAGUAAUUGAUGGAGCAAAACGAAUUUCAGUGUCAAGCUCAGAGACAGAAGAUGUGGAAGGUGAGACAGAUCUUAUAGAUAGAUCACAACAACAGGCAGAUGACCAGUAUCUUUCAACUUAUGAAUCUGAGGACUUCCUCUCAGUAACAGUAGAGAAAACAGACAUUGGUUCUAAGUUGAAUUUAGAGUAUAAAGAAAAAUGUCUUGAGGACAUAAAAACUGAAGCUUUAUUUUCUGCAACAGAAAAAACAGAAAGUGGCAUAAAAACAUCACUGGGCUCUGAAUUUCCAACAAAGUAUUCAGAUAAUGAAGAAAGUACUGAAGAAGAUGAAGGAGAUGCCGUCUGCAUGGGCGGUGCAGGCUCAAGACCAUUGUCAGUAGAAUCAUGGGUCCUAGAAGAAAGUAAGGAAAGUUUCACAGAGCAAAUCCACUCCACAGCAGGCACUUUAAAAGAUGAAUUAGCAACUCAGUUAGAUGACAAAAAUUUAUUGAAAGACUUAACUACUAUUUCAGCAGAGUUAGAGAAAGACAGCACAGAACCCAAAACUACAUUUACUUCAAUAGCUCUUUUAGAACAUAGUAGUAGUACAUCAUCAGUACUUGAGCAAUCAACUCCCGUGGUCUGUCAGGCAAGUGUUGAGGACUUGAAAAAACCCGAAACACUGCUUUCCUCAACAGAAAUUGUUAAACCUGAAAAGGAAACGCAGAGAGAAAUGGAAAGAGAGCGAGAAAUGGUUUCUCCAGUGCUAGAAACACCUCAUCCAAAGACUGCAGAUGAAACAACAAAAGCAGAAAAGGAGAAAAUGGAUGACCGCAGCACCUAUCAACCCGAAAAAUGGAGCUAUGAAUCUUCUAAAUAUGAGCCUUAUGAAAAACCGGUUUCGGAGGACCUUGGAAAGGACAUAGAGGACAAAGAAACAUAUUCUAAAAUGCACCUUGACAUUAAUAUAGGUGAUGUUAGAAGGGCUAGCCAGUCAUCUCUGCAGGGAGCUGCAUGUCAAAUAGAUGAACAAAGUGAUGAAGAACCAGUAUCAUUCAGCAAGGUUGACUAUGACAUGUCUUUCUCUGAUAUGAAGACUAGCACCCUUAGUGGUCCCAUUACCUGCUCUGAGCAAGAUAAUAAGGCGAGUUACCAAGAAGAAGAAGAAGCAUCUGGUAUGAGAGUAGAUGAGGGUUCUGACAGCAAAACUACCUCUGUAGCUGCAUUAAGUUCUUUUUCUACAAAGGAAGUUCAAGACAAAUCAGACAAAUUAGAACGAGAAGAGAAAGAGAAGGAACCCACCAGAGAGGACACAUAUUCCUUCUAUAGAGAAGAAGAAAAAGACACUUACUCUGAAUUUUCAUCAAAACUACCUUGUCCUUCUGCCUCUUUUCUCCCACAACCUGAAAAGUUAGACACUACCAGAGAGAAAGAGAAGGACAUAAAGGAAGAAGAGAAGACAGCGAAAUCACCUAUACAAGUCUGUGAUAAUACUAUGACAUCUGUUCAUGAAGCUCAUGCAGAUGAUAUGACUUCCAAACCUGAGCUGGUUUCACAAGACCAGAUAAAUCUGGAGUCUACAACUAUACAAUCAACCUCAUAUCAGUCUGAGAACAUACCAGAGAGUCAGACCACAGCAAGUGAGGAUAAGAUGGACAUAAAGUCCUCAAACCAAGUAGAAGAAGAUUCCUCAGACAGUAAAAAAGACGAAAUGUCUUCUGGUAGACAUACCCCACCAGAGAAAACUAUCUUGCCUGGUCAGUCAACUCCUACAUGUGUAAGCAGCUAUGCCCCUGAUUCAGAUGAUGGGCAGGUUGCGUUCGAAAAUGUUCUCGCAUCAGAGUGCACAAGUGUUCCAAGUUCUCUGACCAGCAAAUCACAGCUGGCAAGUGAAGAGACAGAAACUUACCCAGUCAAAAGUGAACAGAUUUUUGUAGAAGAAGAAGGUGAAGAAGAGAGAGGUGAAGAAGAUGAGGCCAGUGAUUUGGGUAUGGAAAAAGGUGCCAGAGAGAUGUCUGAGAAAGAAUCCAAAGCUGUAUCUGAAACAAUGGAUUCUAAAUUAAGUGAUUCAAAAGAUAGGAAGACAGCAGAAUCAUUUACUGAAGACAUUGUUAAAACAUCUGCUGAGACAUUGUCAACAUGUCUUACAUCUACACAAGAGGUGGUAAGCACAGAUAUUGAGCAGACGAAGGAAAAAUACAGCAGUUUACCACAUCCUGAUAUAAGCGAGAGUAGUAUGCUUAAGCAUGAAUGUAAGUUAGAGAACACUUCUGAUAAAAAACCUGAAGGAGCAGGAGCUCAAACUGUCAUGUUAGAUACAAUUCAAUCUUCAUCCUCUUCAUCCUAUAGUUAUUCCUCAUCGACCUCAGCCUCAUAUUCUACAGGUCAACACUUUGGUGAUGGACUAUUAGAGUCAGUUACUACUCCCAGUGCUCAUUUGAGGACUGAUGCCGAUAGUAUAUCCUACGAGUACUCUUCUUUCAAAGAAGAAGAAUCCCUUGCAAUAGAUUCAUCAUAUUUAAGUUCUGGGGUCCAGUCAAGAGAUGAAGCCAUGGAAGUUUCUGAACGGCUCACAUCUGCAACAGCUGAGUCUGUGUCCAGUCUUGCAAGAUUUUCUCCACUCAGUCCAUUGGAGGAGAGCAAAUCUUUUCUUCAAGACCAAGUAUCAUCAGCAGAGGAAAAAUCAGAAGAAGAAUUAAUGAGUAUUAAAUUAGACAAAGAUCAGUCAUCUGACCAAAAAGUUGUGUUAUCUACUGACCCACAGUGCUCAAAGGCCCCUGAUUCUGACAAAUCUUCACCUCAGCAGCUUGAAGUAGCUUCUGCUUCUGCUAUAUUUGAUAUUGCUCCACUAAAGAAAGCAGAUUCAUUGGAAAGGCAUUCCCAUGAAGAAUCCUCUGACAUUGAACAAGAAGAAGGAACUUUACCCUGUAGAAUUGAAUGUGACCAAGUUGCUCAUGAUCAGAAAGAAAGCACAGAGUUAUUGCCAGGACAACAUGCUAUUACCUUAACCAUGCACUCCGUUCAGUCUAAUUUGGAUACACAUUCACCAGUAGGACAGUCAUUCAGUGGGUUAGCAGAAGUGUGUACAGACUCCCAUGAAGUAUCCAGGAAAACAGGUGAAGUUGGCACCACAUGUCUAACAGAUCCAAAACAGGCAGAGGUGGAAAAAGAGAAAGAUUAUAUAAAAGAUGCAAAGGAUUUUGAGAUAACUUCUGGUCCAAAAGAGCGAGAGGAACAAGCAGACCAGCUAAAGGAGAAAAAAGAAGAGUUGAAAGUAGAGGAGACAAUCCCAGAAAAGAAGGCGAUUGGUGAACAGAAAGAGAGAAAAAAGGAAGAGCAAAGUAAAGAGGAUGAUAAAACAGAAUUUGAAAAGAUUGAUAUGAAAGAAGAGAAGCAAGAAAUGCAAGUUAAAGAAAAAUCUGAAGAAAUGAAAGAGAGUAAAGAAGUUGGAGAUUUUGUGAAAGAUGUAAAAGAUGAGUGCACAGAAAAAGAACAGAUGGAAAAGGUUAAAAAAGCAUCUGACUGCAAGGCAGAGGAGAAACAGCAACCAGAAAAAGUAGAUUUGCCAGAAAAAGAUACCAAGAAAACAGAUGGUGAUGAGUCAAUACAAAAAAGCACCUCCGCUACUGAGAUGACUCAGGAGACAACCACAUGUUCGACAGCUAUACCUGACAGUACCUUAGAUAUGUCUACCCAUCUUCAAGAUGAGAAAGAAAAGAAAGAACAGCUGGAAUAUGACUCAAAGGGGCAGAAAGCUCAAACUGAAUCUCAUUCAAGUGAAGAAACCUCUAAGCCCUCUAACAAAUCAGAAGUAGAUUUUACUCGACCUUCUGAACUCAGCAUGGAUGCCACUUCCUCUCACUCACCUUCAUUAUACAAACAUCGCAAAGGAGAACUUUCACCAUCAUUCAUUAAUCCAAGCCCGCACGAUUUCUCUAGUGAAGAGGAAGGUGGGGAUGUCAAAAGUGAUUGCUCAAAGGACGAUGAUUUUGAUGAUGAACGUGAACAACAUUCAGUUAAAAGGAGAUCUCACAAACAGCCACAUCAUCACUCUCAUAGCCACCAUGGAGAAAGCAAAGAAGGAGUCCAUGCUCCUUCUAGUGGCAUGACAAGUGGACAUGGAGUAUCACUUGCAGGGGAAGAAACUCCUCCAACCUCUCUGAGUGAGUCUCUUCCUUCUCAGUCAGACUCGGAUGUACCACCUGAGACAGAGGAAUGUCCAUCCAUCACAGCUGAAGGAAACCUUGACUCUGAUGAGGAUGCAGAACAUUUACCAGUGGACAAGAUGUCAUCUACUAGUGGAAGUGGAGGUGGUCUUCACUCAUCGUCUCCAAGGACCCAUGAUCCUCCACCUGCUCCGAUGAAAGACCCAAUCCCUCAGCCCCCCAAGCCUGAUGUGUGCAUGGUAGAUCCGGAGGCUGUUGUAAAUGGGCAAAGCCACACAGAGAGACCUAUGAAGAAAGAGCUUAAAACCAACAAAGGGUUGAGGAAGACUCUCGGGAAGCAAAAGUCUGCAUCCCCAGCACGUAAAGGUGAAGGAAGGAGCAGGCGGUCGACCACACCUGUAAAACAGACAUCCAAGGACUCCUCACCUCAUGCUCCUACUAUUAAAAGAUUAGAUUCUGAUAAGACCCUUCGUGUGGCCCGCAUGCCUGAGACACAGGGAUCUAAGGGAGAAAACCAUCCAGCAAAAGGGCUUGUUAAUGGUGUAAAGAGCAGUUCAGGUUCCAACCAGAAAUCCACCUCUGGAGCUGCCCCUGGACCACCAUUCUAUGUUGACCUUGCCUACAUUCCAAACCACUGCAGUGCUAAAAAUGUAGACCAAGAAUUUUUCAAGCGUGUACGCGCUACUUACUAUGUUGUGAGCGGAAAUGACCCGGGUAGUGGAGAACCAAGUCGUGGAGUAUUGGACGCGCUGCUUGAAGGCAAAGCGCAGUGGGGAACCAAUGUGCAGGUGACACUGAUCCCUACCCAUGACACGGAGGUGACUCGUGAUUGGUACCAGCAGACUCACAAGAAGCAACAGGAUCUGAAUAUAAUGGUCUUGGCCAGUAGCAGCACAGUCGUUAUGCAAGAUGAGUCUUUCCCUGCUUGCAAAAUAGAAUUUUAGGCAUGCUUUACAUUUAGGGACAUAUAAUUUCUCAUUAUUAAUUAAAACUAUUUAAGACAGUGUAUUCUUUACCACCCACAGCGUUGCAUCCUACUGACUGCCAUUUAUAGUUUGUAUCUUAGCCUGCAACAGUAACAGAUCCUUGUGCUCCGAAGCCUUACUAAUAAGCUUUGGUUUAGAUUCCUGAUUUAUAUUGUGUGCUAUUUUAUUCAUAUUCUUGCUAUUUCAAGACCUAGGCAAAGACUGUGAGGUAAAUUUUAAUUGAAGUUGUGGCAAAAGUUUCAGUUUAUUGUAUAUUUCAUUUAUUACCAUAUACCCAGUCCUAAACCUUUAGAGACAUACUCACAUUCUGAUGCCCUAAAUAUAAAUUGAAGCACAAAAUACCCUUUUGCAUUUUAUUACUAUAUAACAUCAAUCCACUACUUUCUUCAUUAUCCCAGUCAACAUGCUUUGUUACACAUUUAUUGUAACAUUGAUCUGGAAUGAAUACAGGAUCCUGUGGGAGUAAUUUGUUUGCAGAAAUUGAAUAACCCUCUAUUUUAGACAAAACAAAGAGAAAAGGUGUGAGUAAAAUAUCAAGGGAGUGUGUAUAGAAUUUUCAGUAUUGAAGACAUCAUUUAAGCUACUCUGAAAAGGCACAUACGCUGCACAUACCAGCAAGAACAAGCUAGCAACCAGCCAACAAAUGAGCAAACAAAAAUGUAAAGCAUAUGCAAGUGCCAAAUCUAAAUUGUGUAUUACAACAGCCAACAGACUCUUAAAAAUUCUCUGCGAAAUCCAAAAAUCAGAAAUCGUGAGUUGCUCAUAAUUGUGGCCUGAUAGCUGUAGGUUUUGUAUGUUCUUUCCUUUAUGGAUAUGGCACUGUAGAUGACCAGCAGCUUUAUUUUUUUAGCAGGUAUUUGGCUGACACUUAUAUGCCUGUUGUGGGUGAUGUUAAAAAAAAAUUAAAAUAAAACACAGCAAGAAAAUCAGAACUGAAAUCAGUAAACAGUGUAAAAUGGUCAUAUAUUGGCUUUAGUUUAAUUAAUGCAUGGCGCUUGAGCAGCUUUGGUUUCUGUAUAUGUUGUUCCUUGACCUUUAAGAAUGACUUAUGCAACCAGCCAUGGUUUUAUGUGAUAUUAUUUGGCAAUUUCAGAAUUUCCAAGAGUUCAAAUGAAGUCAGUGAGUUCGGAAAUAUAUUUAUAUGGUGCAGCACAAUGAUAUGGUUCAACAGUUAUGCAUUGUCUAAAGCCAGAAACAUUCAUUAGCUUUGGUUUGAAUGGAGGUGACAGUGGUUUAUGUAGCAGUACACAUGACUAUGUAAAUGAUGACUUGCCUGAGAAGUGAGCACUAUUCCACUGUAGGAACCGAGAGCAUGUGUGCCUUCUUGCAUUAAUCAAUUAUAGACAAAAUAAGGGUUUACAGAAAAAUACAGAAACACUUCAAAUAACAUGGAAGAUAAAUACACUGUGGUACAUUAGCCAGAGUUUGAUGAAAAGGAAUUUAAAGUAGCCUUAUACCUGAUGUACAGUGACACAUAAUGGACUGUCCUAUUCUAAAAUGUAUCCCAAACAAUGCAAAAUAAUUUAAGUAUCAUUCUUUUGCACAGAAAAAGAGGACUUUUUUUUAAUGUGAAAAGGAGAUAUUACAGAAUAGAGUAUGGGUAGAUACAGUGCAUGUAAAUAUUUACAUAAAAACAUUGGGUUGAUUAGGUUAUUUUAAUUAAAUAGAAAUAUUUAUAAGUGAGGUAAUUCUUAUAUUUAAUAAAGCUUGAAUAUAACAUAGUUCACUGAAUCUAGUAUGGUUUGAUCAUGUAUAAUUGUGCAUUUGUGAUACAGUGGAUUUAAAGACCAGUCUGUGUAUAUACAUUUGCAGAGUUGGAAGUCUUGGAUUGAGUAUAAUAAAUAAUCUAAAAAAACACUAGAGCAACACAACUUAUAUGAAUUGUUUAAAUGUACUUUAUUUUACUUAUAUUUGCUUGACAGCUUCUGUAUUACCUUUGUAUUUACCUGAGUGUUUGUUGGUGUGAUUAUCUUAUUUAAUUUUCUAAAACACAUUCGAAAUGUCUCUGUGUUAAUGUCUUUGUUAUACGCUUUUUUUUAGUCUGUUAAUUUUUUUUUUAAUCUGGUGAAAAAACAAUGAAAAGCCAGUGGUUUAUUCAUAUUUGCUGAUUGUUUGUAGAACAUGUCAGUGAGGGACUGUUUAUAAAAGUCCUAAUUCCUGUGACAAACAAUUAACUACAAUUUUUUUUAUAAGCUUCAAAAUCCCUUUGAACAAUCUUUUUUUUUGUGGUAUAUUUUUAAUAGCAGUUUCUUCUUUAAUGCAAAGCCAAGCUAACACUACAGCACCUAGGAUCUUACAAUGAAUAAGAAUAAUUAAAUUCAUUUCUUAAUAGUUUAUUUAAGACAUGUAUACUUCAGUAUUGUGGACUGCAGUUGAUUCUGUAUUUUUUUUCAGUCAGUUACAUUUCUUUAAUGGAAAUUGAUUAGGUUUUUUUUUCAGGCAUAGUAUCCUUGUGUUCCUGAAAGGUUAAUGCUCCGAGUCCAAAGCAAUGAAAUUACCUCUGGUCCUGUCGACCUCAUAAAUGCCAUGAGCCUAAAUGACUGAAAGUGCUCUCUGAACCCAACAUAACCAGAAAAAUUAUACACCAAGGACAAUAUGUAUUUUUGAUAGGCAAACUGUACUAAAAAUGGAAGUGUGUACUGUAAGUUCAUAGUUAUGGAUAUAUUUUAAUAUUUGGCCUUAGGAACAAGUACUGUCUGGUCUUGUUGUUUUUGUGUGAUUGCUAUGCACAGAACUCUGUGCAAUGUAUGCACUAACUUUAUAUUACUGAAUGUAUAAGUUGCUUAGCUGGAUGCUGCUUGAACAAAACAAAGAGCUAGCAAAUAUGCAUAUGGUACAGUGAACCCAGAGUAAAAUGAUGACAAGACUGUGAUAAGUUUAUUUAUAAUAUAUACAUUAUAUAUAUAAGAAACAUAACUGGACUCAUUCAGAAAUAACUGAUUACUCUCUCCUUACCAGAAGGCUGAAACUCAUACAAACUACAGUUGGCAGGUUUUCUUCUCCUGAAUGACUUGAAAUGUACACAACAAAAUCUAAACAGCAGUGCAACCUCUCUGCUUACGUACUCUUGUAGACACCAAUCAAAACUGCAAAUUGCUACAAACUUACUCUUGUGAAGUGUUUUCAUUUCAGAGCUUUUUAGCAUCAGUGGAAUUUUAUUUAACAAAAAGUAAGAACAACUUUCAGAAAUAAAGUACCUAUUUUUUUUUUCAGUUCCAUACUUCGGAGUCCAUUCUCCAAAAUGAAUGGCUUUAUCCUCCUCCCUCACAUCAUGCUCAUGCAUCAAUUUCUGCAUGUGAUCUUAUUAGUUAUAAUCCUGAAUGUACUUCUCUAAAACUGAAACAAGAAACACUAUUUUAAAAGGUAUAUUUGAACAAGCUAAUUGUCUUAAUAGUACUGAAAUAUGCAUAUUGUUGGGCUUUGCUUCUGUUUGCCCUCAGAUGUUGUUGAGAAGAUGCUGUGAUAGUUCCUGUUUUUUGCUGCUGUAUGUGUCUUAAUUCUGUUCCUCUUUAGUGCAAUAUAACAAACAAGCUCUUUCAAUCCAAACACAAACUUAGAUUUCUGCUUACUGUAAUACAGAACCAUCCUAGUCAUCAUGAAUAACAAUAAAAAAAAAAACCUUA